AUGCAGCGACAGAGCCACACUUUGAUUGCAAUUUUGCUAAUAUCAAUAACCAUCCUAUUUCAUUCCACAUUAACCAGAGCAUUUGAUGAUCCUGGGUACCUGUACAAUGAAAGGAGUAAAAAGGGGCCCGAACACUGGGGUGAUCUCAAAAAAGAAUGGGCAACCUGUAAAAAUGGGGACAUGCAAUCUCCUAUUGAUUUGUCCAGUAACAGAGUUACAGUGAUACCCAAGUUAGGGGAGCUAAAGAGGUGCUAUAAGCCUCAAAAUGCUAAUGUCUUGAACAGGGGUCAUGAUAUUGCGGUCAACUGGGAAGGGGAUGCAGGCUCAAUUGACAUCAAUGGAACACGAUUCUUCCUCCAACAAUGCCAUUGGCACUGGCCUUCCGAACAUACCAUCAAUGGCCGCAGGUAUGACUUGGAGAUGCACAUGCUUCAUGUUAGUCCUCAGCCAAAUGGAGAAAACAAGACUGCUGUUGUUGGUCUUUUGUACAAGUAUGGUUCGCCCGAUCCAUUUCUCCAUAAGUUGGGAAAAUACAUAAUGGACGUUCCUGAUGAGGAAGAAGAGAAAAGCAUAGGGGUGAUUGAUCCCAAAGAAAUCAAGUUGGGUGGCAAGAUGUAUUACAGAUACAUGGGUUCACUCACAACACCUCCUUGCACUGAAGGGAUCAUUUGGACCAUUAAUAAGAAGGUAUAG